AGGACAAUGUGUGUACAUCUGUGGGUAGAAGACAAAGCUGAAUGUGAGAUCAAAGCAAGAAGCUCAUUGAUGUACUGUCCUCGUACAGCCUCUGAGAAUGUUUUUUGUUCUUUAUCGUGCUCUUCUGUUAAUUUCAUCAUUUACUUCUGUGAGAUAAAGCUCCUGCACUAAGGUCUUUACUUCACACGCAGCUCUGACACAACUGCAGCUCUGGCAGCUGGAGGGGACUUUUGCUUUAUUUUGACACUUCCUAUCCAGAAGAUAAAGAAAUUAAGUGAUUGAAAGUCAUCAUUUUACAAGAUUAAAAACAUGGCGUCGACGACAUCAGACUAUGACUACAGUACAGCUGAGUAUGACGACUUCUGCAGCUUUGACCCGAGCCCCACGGAGGUCAUCACCCAAUCAUACAUCCACGCCAUCGUCUGCGCCUUCGGCCUGAUCGGCAACGUCCUGGUGAUCGUCACCUACAUGUUCUACAAGAGAGCCAAGACCAUGACGGACGUCUACCUCUACAACGUGGCUGCGGCGGACCUGAUCUUUGUGGUGGCCCUGCCAUUUAUCAUCUACAACGAGCAGCACAGCUGGCCAAUGGGCUCUGUGGCCUGCAAGAUACUGAACUCGGCUUACAGCAUCAACCUCUACAGUGGCAUGCUCCUGCUCGCCUGCAUCAGUGGUGAUCGUUACAUCGCAAUAGUUCAGGCCAGAAGAUCCUUCGGCGCGCGCUCACACACUCUGAUCUACGGCCGCCUCAUCUGCUCUGGUGUUUGGGUGUUUGCUGUGGCCCUGACGCUGCCCACGCUCCUCUACACCCAGCGCUAUGAAGAGCUGAACCUGGGGGAUGACAACGUCACCGUGAUGUGUGAGCUGUCUUUCAGCAGCCACGAGACAGCGAAGCUGAUGAAGGUGCUGGUUCCCAGCCUACAAAUGGCCGUCGGCUUCCUGCUGCCUCUGGUGGUGAUGGUGUUCUGCUACUCCAGCAUCAUAUGCACCUUGCUGAGAGCACAGAACAGCCAGAAGCACAAGGCUGUGCGUGUGGUUUUUGCUGUCGUGGUGGUUUUCAUCGUCUGCCACCUUCCCUACAACGUGACCCUGCUCACACACAUCCUGUCUCUGUUUAAGGAGAGACGUUGUGAGGUGGAAAAGAUUAAACUCAGAGUUCUGGACGUCUCCAGGGUCGUAGCCUACCUCCACUGCUGUCUGAAUCCCAUCCUCUACGCCUUCAUCGGGGUGAAGUUCAGGAGCCACUUCAAGCAAAUAGUGGUGGAUCUCUGGUGCUUCAGCAAAAAGUACAUCUACUCUGCUCGCUCGUCACACGGAACCUCCGAUAUUUGCAUCUCGGGUCUCAAGUCUUCAGAGGCCUCUAACAACAUGUCAUCGUUCAGUGCAUGAUACUGCGGCCUAGAGUUAAUAAGCAUUGCUGAUGCUACUGGAGCCUCUCGUCCAGGUUGUUACUGGGCUGUAACUGUAUGAAGCCGACUGUUAACAGACAUAAAAGCUUCUGUACUACAUUUGAUGAAAAAAAGUAUCAUUCAGGAUAUUUGAGUAUGAUUAAAAGUGAGACUGCUGCCCGCUAACUCACCUGGCAGUGCAGGAUUGAAGCCACCAGCAGGAGUCCUCUCGCCAUUUCACGUUUGAACUGUGAAAAAAAGAAAACUCCUAAAAGUUCAAAUGUUAGUUAAUAUAAUACUUAAAUGAGUACUACAGUAAUUAGUUAUUGAACAUAAAUGUUAAAAAAAACAAAGUAAAAAAAAGUAAGGAUCAAAGAUACAGGGGCUGAGACCUCCUGACUUACCACUCCUUUCCAAUCAGUGCGAGCGAGGGGGCAAACAAAGCAUCUUACCGUGAAAGAAGCAAAUCGCAGCUUGACCUCGAGUGGAGUUCAACUUUGGUGAACUCUUUCGAGCCAAGAAAAGGCUGGAGCCUUUAUUUUGUAAGAUACUCGCAGUUUGGUGCAGCUGGGCAAAUACCCAUGUCUUUCAAACUCCAUGCUACCGCUCUGUAAAUUAAAUCAGAAUUAUUUUCAAGGCAAGCCAAUGGAAAUUGCAUCUGCAGAAUAUUUUGUUCACACUCGAUGAACCUACUCUAGAGCUAUCGCAUAAAAACUAUUAAACUGUACAGUUGCCAUUAAUGAAUUUAAAUUUUAUUUUUUAAAAUAAUAUGAGAUAGUAUUAUUAUAACAAUUAUUCUAUAUUCUAUACAUAUUUUAUAUUUUCAUAAUGUACUGGCAUUUUAAUAUAUAUGCAGAAAAAUAAAUACAUUGACUUGAAAAUCUGCUUAGUGACUGUAAUCAUAUGAAGAGCAAAUGGGUCACUAAAGACAUUAAAACUGGCUUCAUCUUAUUCAGCAGAACCAGCAAAACACUGUGCAAAAUGUCUGCUGUGAAACACACAUAUUCAACGUCACGGAAUUUUAACAACAUUUUACAAACCAUCAUAUUACGAUUACGUUUUAACCUUAGAGAGGAUAUCUGCUGAAAGUAGUGGUAAAAAUCCUGUCACAGUACACAAAACAACAGCAAAUAAAACCAGUGCCUCUACACAUUUAACAUAUUGUUUUUUUUUCACUGCUUCAGGAGCAUCAAAAUUCAAUUCUCAGAAUAAACCUGCAUUUGGUUUGCUCCCCUUUCAUGAACAGGUUCAUAGAUUUAAGAAAAUCCAAAUGUUAAAGUCCAAAUCUAUGCUGAUGACAUUGUUAUCUAUAUGUCUUGUAUUACGUAUUGUGUUUAACUAAACAUUGGACAACUGGUUUUAUUUCUUUAAAUAUAUUUAAAACAUAUGAGUGGGGCGACUGAUGUAUGACUGAUGUUACCAUGGUGACAGCCUCUUUGUGUAUUAUGUUGCUAUAUGUAUGCUGUUGACUCAAUCUGCUCUUUUUUUUCUGGAUUAAAAGUUAUAGCUUCUCAUAUUUCACUUAAGUUUUGACAGUUUUUAUGUCGUCAAUCAUCGUCUGAAUAAACAGUGUGU